AUGGCCGACGAACCGCUGCUCAGCGACUUGUGCAGCGUCUGCAACCGCAAUGCCCCCAAAUACCGCUGCCCCCGAGACUCCGUGCGCACAUGCUCCCUUCCGUGCUACAAACGCCACCAGCAGUGGGCCCAGUGCAGUGGGAAAAGGGACCCCGCCGCCUUCGUCAAGCGCAGCGAGCUCGCAACGCCCAGCGGCAUCGACCACGACUACAACUUCCUCACGGGCAUUGAGCGUGGCCUGCAGCGUGCAGACGACGCUGCCGAGGCCCGUGGCCAUGAGAAUAAGAAGUACGAGCAAGACCAGGCCAAGCUGCAGCGCUAUCUGCAGAGCAACCGCAUCAUUGUGGACCGAGCGCCCAUUGGCAUGGCCAGGCAGAAGACGAACCGCACGCGGAUGACCAAAAAAGGACACGUCCGGUGGACUGUCGAGUGGCUGCAUGAAGAUGGCACUCGGGAUCUGCAGGAAGCCGAAGCUGACAUGUCAUUAACCGACCUGUAUGCCAUGCUUUCGACAGAGCGAUCACGCAAGAGAAAGCGCACAGAUCAGGGCAGCGAUGGCCUUCAGAACCCUUCGAAACAUAGCAAAGACGGGCGUGUCUCAAGCCAGGCAGCUCAGCGCCACCAAGACUCUGUUUCGGGACAGCCUGCCUCUGCGCCUGCUUCUGACGAUACACAAGCAGUUCCAACCGGUGCCAGCGUCUCGGCCGACCCGCCGAAACAAGAUUCUUGCUCUGCCCAACCAGUGCCAGAAGUGUCCACAACAGCGAGUGUGUCUGGCAAAGCUGCAGACGAAAAGCACAGUGAUCCAGGCCCACAGAAUCACACACCACUCUUCUCCUUCUAUCUGCUCAAACCGCAUACACCUUCCUCGCAACCUCGCGUCCUGAUCCCCCUUGAUUCGAGCUCCACUCUCACAACUGCGCUGUCCACACAGGUAGUCCUCGAGUAUCCAACCAUCAAGGUGGUGCCACGCCAAGCCACCGAUGCCCGGCUCCCCGAAGGUUUCAUGCUCGAGGAGGACUAUAUCCGGCAAACCAAGCAGGAUGUUCAAGAGCUCGAGGCGCUUAUCGGACCGGACGGGCAAGUGAUGACAGCUGCCAAAGCCCGGAGGGGCAGCGACGCUGGUGUUGAGACACACGGCAACGUAAGCAGUGGGCCGGUCGACGACAAGAAGUUGCUCGAAGUUUUGGCGCGGGACUUGACCGCGCGUAAGUGA